AUGCAGGAAAGGCAGCUAGGUAGCAAUGGAAAUUCCAAGUUAACACUUUCUGGACUGUUGAAUUUCAUAGAUGGGCUGUGGUCUAGUGUUGGAGAUGAAAGAAUAAUCAUAUUCACUACCAAUCACAAGGACAAGUUGGAUCCUGCCCUGCUCCGCCCUGGUCGGAUGGAUAUGCAGAUUCAUAUGUCCUAUUGUACGGUUCACGGUCUUAGACAAUUGGUCUCGAAUUAUCUAGGCAUCGGCAAGGAUUACAACCCCGGGAUUUUCGACAAAAUCGAGAGCUUGAUUGGUUGUCGUGAGGUGACACCAGCUGAGGUUGCAGAGGAACUUAUGAGAAGUGAGGAUGCUGAUCUUGCUCUGGAAGGAGUACUGAACAUGCUUAAGGGAAAAAUGGCUCAUAAGUCGGUUUCUGAAGUGAAUGAUGAUGAUCAUAUACCAUGUCUUUCCAUUCCAGAAGAUGAAAAUGAGAUUGCUGGAGAAUUGGGUAAUACUGUCCCAAAUGUCAAAGAGUAA